GUAGGAGGCUUGCUGGUGCUGGUGGAAGUGAUGUGCAGCAAGGAUGCUUUCGUGCUGGACAAUAUCAGCGCGCACACCAUACACAGCAGUGCCAACGCUGCAAUCGUCACCCGACUGGCCAGUGUGGCGCGGAAACCAUUCUGCUUUUGUUGCCGCUGGUGGUGGGCGGGCAAAAGCGCCGUGGGGGAAAAGGUACACGUCAUCAAAGGACAGUGCACGUUGCAAGUCUUGUCGAACCCCAGCUUGCAGCCUAGACAAAAGAUGUUCGCGGAUCUCUUGCUGUGCGGCAAAUGUGCGACCGAUGACUAUGCGAAAUUGGAGAGGGUGAAUAACAGGAAAAGAUGAAAGCAACAGGGGAUCCUGCGUUCGCGACCAGCGCGAAAGCUAAGAUGGAAAUGGUGGCAAAGCGAAAAUGCUUGGUCGAAUCAACAGUGAACAACGGGAAGCCUUGGAUUGAGGAAGAAGCACUGUGAGCGAUGCAGAGUGCCUUUGGUGAGCGGUCAAAGACUCGGCAACAGUGCUUGCGACCGGCAUGAAAAGCACGCGCGAAAACGUUUCAGCGGGAAAAGGGAGGAUUGAGACAGAAGAGAAGAGUGAUGGAGGAGAAAGGUGCGAACAAAUAAGGCGACGUUGGCGCCCGCUGUCGGCGCGCCGAGCUUUGCCGCACCAGUAUGCACCACUGUACACCCAUACUCAGCAGCCACGAUCACAACCCACGACAGCAACGAUCGAGUACCGCUGGGUAGCAAUCUAAUCACUUGGCGCAUUGCUUUCAACCCAAAUCUCGGGCCGUCAAGGUCUGAUCGAGACGAGCAUGUGCAUCCAUGGCAUGUAAGCGAAGGAAGUUGUAUGUCAAACAUUGAGACGAGAUCAGUUCGGUAUCCAUCCAACCUACGGCCCUUGAAGCUCGCUCAAGCAUGUUGACAUCGAUGCUGGUUGGCGCUUGAUUGACGACGCCACCGUCGAAUCGCCGAACAUGCGCCCCCACGCGUAAAUGCAAUCAUGGAUGUGCGCGGUACUGCUGGGGAUGUACCCUUUCGGACCUUCUGAGCUGCCAAAGCGAGAGCCUCGUACUUCAUUACACUCUACUCGCCGCCGAUCG